AUGGUUAGAGCAAACUACCGUGAUCAUGCAAAACCUUUUUUCAUUGAUCUAGAGGUUCUCACUGUCCCAUGUUUAUAUAUACUUGAAGCUAAAUUAUACAUUCAUAAAAAUACAGAUAAAUACACUACUAGGGCAAUGAAACACGGAUACAAUACCAAAAGCAAUGAGAUCAUUAGAACAGCUAAAAGGAAUUUGGUGAAUACUAAAAAACAAUCCGAAGCAUUUUAUGGCAAAAUAUGUAAUACUCUUCCGCAAGAGUGGAAAAACUUUUCAAUUAAAAAACUCACAUUUAAGACAAAAUCACCAAACUAUAAAAAGUUUCACAUAAUAGCGGCUGCUCCUACAACUCAUACAGCAUUUGCGUUCACAUGUGGGUCAUUCGAAGCAGAUAUUUUCACAUUCAAUCCAGAGAACAAAUUCGGCUUGAGAUUGGGCAGAAAAUUUUACAAUCAGUUAAUCGACAGAGGUUAUCACUUCGAGCUACAGUACAGUCAUGCGAUAAAAGAUUCUACAAGUAGGAAAAAUCUGAUCCACGCUUCACACUUAUUUCAUUCUUUCGGCAAAUCAAAGAAUGUAUUCUUUUCCAGUGGAGCUGACUGUCCGAUGUACAUCAGAAGUCCUUAUGAUAUCGUGAACUUGUAUCCUUUUUUACAUUCGGAAAGCGAAAACUAUUUGGAAAAGCUUGUUUCAGUUGGAAGAAGACACGGCAAGUCGGUGAUGUUUGUGGAGAAUAUCGACAGAGGCACAGAACAGGAUGUUAUGAUGUUAGAAAAUAGUGAAGAGGAGGUGGAAAUUGACCAGCCCAAACACAAAAAAACUAAAAUUUGAUGUUUGUUUUAACCUUAUUUUUU